AUGUUAUCUAUAAAUAAAAGAAUGUUUCUAACUGUUUUCUACCAACGUUUGUUUCCGUGUUCAUCUUUUUGCAACGGAUACUCUAUUAAACUUUCUUCAGUAUCAAAUCGUAAUAACAAUAAACGACAUCGAACAUCAUCAUCAUCUACACUUUAUCAUCACCAUCAUCCUCAUCAUUCUCACCGAACGAAUCCUAAUAAAACUGCUAAUCAAACGAAUACUUUACGUCGACUAUUUCAGCCCAUUGAUAUUAAACCAGUGACUUCAAAUGAUAAACUUGAUGCAAAAUCAUCAAAAGAUUCAAAUACAAAUAUUGGUCAAGAAUUAACCGGUGGUAAAACACUUGACAGAAAUGCACUUCUUCGUAUCAUCACAGAUUUUUAUCGUCGUGAAGAAAUCAAACAAUUAGCUACUGAUCAAGGUCUUGAUAUUCGUCUCUAUCAAGAUGCUUAUGUUAGUUUUCGAAAAUUUUGUAUUCAGUCAACAGUUUUGCCCGUCGAUUUACAUAUUGUGUUCAAUGAUAUCAUAUUGGGAUCUGGUCAUGUUACUGAUAUAUUUCCUUAUUUUUUACGUCAUGCACGAGAAAUGUUUCCACAUUUAACUUGUAUGGAAGAUUUAAAACAGAUUAGUGAUCUCAGAGAUCCUGCUAAUUGGUAUCCAGAUGCACGAGCUAUACAAAGAAAAAUAAUAUUUCAUGCUGGUCCAACGAAUAGUGGAAAAACAUAUCAUGCACUUCAACGUUAUAUGAAUAGUGAAAGUGGAGUUUAUUGUGGACCAUUGAAAUUGCUAGCUUCUGAAGUUUUUUAUAAAACGAACGCUGCGGGUACAAAAUGUGAUUUAGUUACAGGUGAAGAACGUCGAUUUGCUGAUCCAGAAGGAAAACCAGCUAAUCAUGUUGCGUGCACAGUCGAAAUGACGAAUGUAACUACUGUUUAUGAGGUAGCUGUUGUUGAUGAAAUUCAAAUGAUGCGUGAUCCGCAACGUGGCUGGGCAUGGACACGAGCUCUACUGGGUCUACAAGCCAAAGAAAUUCAUUUAUGUGGUGAAAAAUCUACUAUACGACUUGUACAAGAUUUAAUGGUAACGACAGGUGAUAACAUUGAAGUUAGAGAAUAUCAACGAUUAACGAAAUUAAAUUAUCAAGAUCGAGCAUUAGAAACAUUCGAUAAUGUCAAAACAGGCGAUUGUUUUGUAUGCUUCAGUAAAAAUGAUAUAUUUCAUAUAACACGUGAAUUAGAAAGGCGUGGUCAUCAAGUAGCUGUUAUUUAUGGAUCACUACCACCAGGUACGAAACUAUUACAAGCUCAACGUUUUAACGAUCCUAAUGAUACAUGUAAAAUAAUGGUUGCUACAGAUGCAAUUGGCAUGGGUUUGAAUCUGAGUAUUAAACGUAUUAUAUUCUACAGUCUACUAAAACCGCAAUUAAAUGAACAAGGAGAAAAAGAAAAAGAUACUGUAACUACGUCACAAGCUUUACAAAUUGCUGGUCGUGCUGGACGAUUUGCAAGUGCUUUUCCCGAUGGUGAAGUAACAACAUUUCGACGUGAUGAUCUACCAUUAUUAAAAGACAUUGUUAGUCGACAUGUGGAAACAAUCAAACGUGCUGGACUUCAUCCUACUGCUGAACAAAUUGAAAUGUUCGCCUAUCAUUUACCUAAACAUUCACUUUCAAGUUUAAUAGAUAUAUUUGUAGUUUUAUCACAAUUGGAUGAUAGUCUUUUUUUUAUGUGUAACGUUGAAGAUAUUAAAUUUCUUGCUGAUAUUAUUGAACAUGUACCAUUACCACUUCGCGCACGUUACACAUUUUCAUGUGCACCGAUCAAUAAAAAGAUGCCUUUUGUUUGUACAAUGUUUUUGAAAUAUGCACGUCAAUUUAGCCGUAGUGAACCGACAACAUUUGAUUGGCUUGCAAAACAAAUAGAUUGGCCAUUUGAAGUACCAAAUACUAUCAUGGAUUUAGUACAUUUGGAAGAAGUUUUUGAUUGUCUAGAUCUUUAUUUAUGGCUUAGUUUUCGUUUUCCUGAUAUGUUUCCGGAUAAAGAAUUAGUUCGUGGAAUUCAAGCUGAACUUGAUCAAAUCAUUCAUGCUGGUGUACAAAAUAUUGUUAAACUUAUAUAUCGAAUGAAUCGUAUUGAAGAUGCAAAAGAUGUUGCUGUAACAACAUCAAAUACAGAAAAAACAGCUGAAGCUGUUGCAGUUGUAAGUGAAGACAUUCAAUUCAUAGAUAAACCUUUAACUAAUGUAUCAUCAAUACGUUCAAUUAUCGGAUUAGAAGAAGAGUUAGAUAUUCAGACAAAUGACUCUACAGCAAUCCCGAGUCAAGAUAAUAAAAUUGAAAAACAACAAAAAGACGAAAAACUUUCAACAUCAUUGACAAUGAAUACACAUAAAGUUUUACAUUCAUAUUUAAAUGCAUUGAAAACUCAAGCCGAAACCCGCGGACAUGAAUUUGAUGAAACUGAAGAUUUAAUUAAACAGUUGAUAUCAAAAGGAUUACUCAGUCAACGUUCUGUGGAUAAACUUGAAAAACAAUUAGCAACAUUUCAUGAUAAUGAUAAACGUUCAAAUAAAAAACGAGACGUCAACAAAGCAAAUAUAUUUGAUAUCCACAAUAAAAAAAGCAAACGAAAAUAG